AUGCUCUUUAGAGGACAGUUGUUCUGUAAAAACAUUAUGAGACGUAGAGAGGAAGAAGAAAUCGGGAUCUACUUUCUUCUCAAAAGUGUUGCCAUUCGAAAAAUUAUUAGUGUAGAAGUAGAAGUAAAAACGAGACGACAGAGGAUGAAAAAUCUAAGGUUUGAAUCUCAUCGCCUCAAUGGAGGAGCUGCCGAAGCUGAGUUUAAUUUUGUUUUUUUGUAUCUGUGGCAGAGAAAGAAGUUAGUAGGGUCAAGGAGACUCUACUCUUUUUGUUGCAAACUGUUCUCACAGUGUUCUUUUCAACAAUUGAGUUCAUGUUUAUCCAGCAUCUUCCUAAGUGGUUUCCUCCUUCAUAUAUCACUUUCAUUCUGA